AUGGACUCAUCUGGGGCCGGGCAACUAUCCCAAACCCAAAAAGCACCAGCCCUGAUGACUGGGGAUGGACAUAGACGGGAAAGACAUGCCACAGUGACGCCAUCAACUUUCAGCCUAUCAACUGCAUCAUUUAAUCUGGACGUGAUAACCAGCAGUGGAGAAGAUCUAUGCCGGUCAGGCAACAUCGAAGAAGACAUUGACCCAUUUGGUUGCUAUGGGAACUACACAUCAUCAAGUGGAGUCAUCAAAUUCCCUUUAAGCGAUGAAGAUGAUUAUCCCAAUAAUAUGAACUGUAUAUGGGUGAUUUCCGUCAGUCAAGGUUCUCGGAUACGAUUGACAUUUCCUCGUUUUGAUAUCGAGGGUGUCAAUAAAUGUAUGCCCAAUGAUGAAAACAAUUGUCGAUAUGACGAGUUGAAUAUUUAUGACGUAAUAUCCGAUACAGAACAAAAUAAAUUGCUACAUUGGUGUGGAAACGAGCCACCUCAUAAGGACAUAAUCUCAGAUGGCAAUAUGAUAAUAAUCAAUUUUCUCAGCGACGACUCUGUACGUAAAGCUGGUUUUCAUUUAAGCUAUGACGAAAUAAGUAUCGAUGCCAAAUGCCCAGAUUCGUUCGGACACUUGUUGCAGCCAUCCUAUCGAGAAGAACUCUGCUUCCAUGAUCAUGCGCUGUACAUUGAUACCAGUUUGCGCAUGCCCUGCAGCGGCACUGUGACUGGCUGGGAAACCUUCACGACAAACUUGAAUCUUGGGAGUCAGUUGUCAGUGGGUAUUUAUAGAAUGACCUCCGACCCCUGGAUCUUUACCGAAAUUGGGAUGAAUGAUAUAGCGGUAACUCUGCUAAUGCACAACGCCCAACAGGUCGUCCCGAUAGAACGGAGAAAACAAAUAGAAUUUCAAAAAAACGACUUUAUCGGAUUUGAAAUCAAAGGUCAAUCGUCCAUUGCUCAUACAUAUCACCACCAGUGCAUGACAGAUAACUUUCUUUACCGAAUUGACGGUGAUUAUGCAAAUAACGCGAGUUUUGACCUACGUUCUGCCCACGUGACCACAUCAAACGCGGUAUUUGCCAUCCGGGCUACAUUUACCGAGAGUUGUGAUUUGGACAGUUUUUCUGGGUGCGGUGGGUUACGUAAUCUCCAAGAUCCAUCUUGUGGUCGUUAUUUUGAAAGUAUAAACUACCCGGAGCACUAUAUUGGUGAUGUCACAUGUUCCUGGGACAUAGCGGUUUCGCAGGGAGCUUACGUCAUGUUGAACUUUGUGACCUUUGACCUACAGCCACCAGACAAUGACGAGCUGUGUUUGGAUUACGUCAGUGUUUUUACUGUACAUGAAGAAAGCUUGACAGAACUUGUCAGAUACUGUGGGUUCGGGGCGAAGACGUUAAUGGCGCCAAGUGAUAGAAUCCAUGUCAACUUUGUAUCAGAUUCCUCGGGUCAUUACCCAGGAUUCCGUGCUGUGAUAGAAGAAUGUGGUUGUGGAUGUGAUUUGACCGUGAGUGUAUCUGGCCAGUAUCUCCAGUCUCCAUCAACCGCAUUGGCUGUUAUAAACGACCCUAUGAUGUGUACAUGGCACCUACGGCUGUCUCGUGCUGAUAUCGAUCUUUAUGUCGUCUUGCUUCACUUAACAAAGGUAAAGCUAGACAACACCGAUAGUUGUCACAAUUUCAUCCUCGUGGAAGACGUAUCUGGUGGUGAGAAGAAGACACUGACGAAGAUAUGUGAUAUUUCUGACGUCACGCAACUUGGUUACCAGUCGUCCGGUCCUGAAAUGUUUAUCUCAUUCAAGAUAGUUUCCGGAGGCUUUCUUGAAAAUCAUUUCCAAGCUGUGCACCAGGAAGUCGCAAAAGUAAUGCAAUCUUGCAGUGAUAUCUUCGUCGACAGUGAGAACAUGACUGCUGUUUUGAAAGUUCCGCAGAAUUCUGGUCAGUAUGCAAAUUACAUGAACUGCACGUGGGAAAUUGAACUAAAUGUCACUGGUGAAUUGAGUUUCUACUUUGAAGAAUUCAGUCUGGAGCCAGAUAGUGUACAUACACAAAACUGCGUGCAUGAUUACAUUGAUAUAGUUGUAGAAGGACAAGGUGUCGGUCGUUAUUGUGGCGACAGUCUGAGGAAAGAAUUGUUGAUAAUCGAGUCCAGUAAGGCUACCAUACAUAUGUACACAGAUGCAACCGUUGUUGAUGUUGGUUUUACGUUGUACGUAGUAGAGAAUUACCACCACCCUGCAACAGACCCUUGCCUUGCUGAGCACGAAUGCUCGCACAUAUGUGUCAAAGACAACUAUGGCUAUCAUUGUGCAUGUCCAAACGGCUAUUUCAUCAGUGGGACGAAUAAACAUGUGUGUGAAAGUAUAUGUCUGAGAAUGUCUACCUCCUUUGCAUAUCCAAACUUAACGAAUAUGAACAAAGCAUGCGUGUUUAUAUUGGAGGUCAGGAAAAACUGGCACGAUGCCAAAGACGAAUGUUCUCAUCGUGGCAGCGACCUGUUCGAUCCUCGAACUGUUAAUGAUAUUGGUGAUUGGAUUGCUAAUCAGACUGACAUAAACGAGUUCUGGAUUGGUGAUACGACGAAUGACGUCACAAUAUGUUCAAUUUUAUCCUUUUCUGGUGAACCUCUACUUUCAAUCAAAUCAUGUGAAGAGAACUAUGCGUCGUUGUGCUAUUUACGUUAUCAGAGGAGUUCGUGUGAAGGUCGUCGAACGUUGACCGCCCCUUUCGGUAUAAUAGAAUCGUCAAUAUACUUUACGAAUACAUCUUGUAGUUGGUUAAUACAAGGGCUUGAAGGAAGUCAACUGAGAUUACUGUUCACCAAACUCAAACUACGAUGUGUAUCGAGCACAGUGUGUGUUGAUCACGUGACCGUAUAUGAUGGUAACACUGACUCAAACAUGAUUGGUCAGUAUUGUGGGAUGCUCGACUACGAAUUAGAAGUUGUGUCUACGUCAUCCAAUCUGUAUAUUGUGUUUGUCCCUGGUAUGUUCGACGAAGACCUCCAGCAUGGUGAUUACGGUUUCCAGGCGCUUUAUCAAUUGACAGAUGAUUCAGUUGGCGUGAGCACGUCGGGAUGUGGCGGACCGGGUUACGUUACCGGAAUGCGAGGAACAAUAACAUCUGGGGAAUACCUCUCAUACAGCCGUUGUCAGUGGACGAUACUUGGAGAAGUAGGAAAGUUCAUUUCUUUGAAAUUCAGGAAUUUUCACUUAGCAAAAACAGAAGGCAAGUGCAUAGACACGGUGAGCAUCUACUCCGGUUACCAUAGUGAUUACAGAGAGAUGGCUGGUGAAUUCUGUACCGAACAAGCUUUAACAAUAAUCAUAUCAGAACCAGUUGUUGUAAUCAGACUCAAAAGUGUGAGGGCGCCCGUCAAUAAGGAUGAGAAUAACAAUCAUGGACCUAAUAAUGACGAAGAUGAAGAGGAGGAAGAAGAUUUAGGACCUUAUCGUUUUGAUUUGGAUUAUGAAAUUGUUGAUUGUCCUGGUUGCGAUCACGUCUUAACAGAAUGUACUGACGUCAUUUCCUGCGAGUCUGAACAAUGUGGGAUGAUUGCAUUCACCAAUUAUAUCGAACAACUUCCGACGUCUUGGUAUUUGAUUGGUCCAAGGGGUAACUACGUCAAGAUUACUAUCCCGGCCGAACAAUUCCAGGUUGAACCUCGUGAUAACGGAGUUGGCUGCCAAACUGAUAUGCUGGAAUUUCUGGACGGAGAUUCAACCGGUGAAGUGAUUGGACAGUUCUGCAACAUCGACCCACCUCCCGAUAUAAUUUUAUCGAGCAAAAAUAAAAUGUUCAUCCGUUUCUUCACCGAGUGGGAAGAAUUUGAUAAGACAAUGUUCCUUUUGCAGUUUGAGUUUCUAGAAUACCAGUCGAGUGGAAAUCAGGGAGGUGGUGAAAUACGCAUAGGUGACUGCCCAGACAAUGAUUGGAGCUAUUACAAUGACAAAUGCUAUGUAUUCAUCCAAGAGGAUAAACCGUUAACCUGGAACCAGGCCGAGCAUCGCUGUGAUCAACGAAAUAAAGGCAGCCAUCUUAUUAGCAUUGGGGACAGGAAAGAAAUGAUAUUUAUACAUACAAUGUUAACUACAAAAUGGCUGAGUGAACUGCCGCAGAUAUACAUAGGAUUGACAGAUCGUGAACGAGAAGGAACAUACAGAUGGAGUGAUGGCAGUCCACUUAGUUAUGCUGACUGGGGCCUGAACGAGUACGGUACACAACAGCCAUCGGGUGGUAGUUAUGAAAACUGUGCCAUGAUAGAUUUAUCCAAUUACUAUUCAACAAGUCACUGGCAAGAUGUACCUUGUGCUUCAGAUAAGCUAUCUCAAUAUAUAUGUAAAACCGAAGCGAAUAUACAGGAAGAUUAUGACGUCACACAUGAGACCACAACUUUAUCUCUGGUUAACAAAGAGUGUGAAGAAUAUUGGUAUUUAUUUGGCGAGUUAUGUUACCGUCUUUAUAUGUCACCAGACACGGUAUCGCUGAAAAAUAGUCGUACAAUUUGCGAAGAAAAUGGCGGGGGCAUUGCAAUAAUGACAACACAACAGCUUAAAGACUUCACAGUGUUCAACAUAGAAUACGUGUGGACUUCAGAGAAAUUACGUCCGCGAUUCAUUGUAAUCGAGACGAUGCCAGAAGAUAUUAAUACUGAUGAGGACAAUUGUCAAAGCUGCUCAGGAGGCAAUGUUAUUUGUAUCAUGAUGGAUGAGAAACAUAACUGGGAAAGAAUACCUUGUACCAAUGAUGGGCUCGGAGAGGGAGUUGGUGUGAUUUGUGAGAAAGCUACGAGAGAUCACGUGUACGUAGAUUGUGGUGAGGAAUAUCAUCAGUGUAACAAUGGAGAGUGCAUUUUACCAAUGAUGUCAUGUGAUGGUCACAUGGAUUGCAGGGACCAAUCAGACGAGAUGAACUGCGCAUACCCAUUGUGUGGAGCUGACCAGUUUACUUGCCAGAAUGGCGAAUGUCUCAAUCAGACUAAAGUGUGUGACCUUUACCAAGACUGCAUAGAUGGGUCGGACGAAGAUGAUGCAGUAUGUACCAUAACAGAUUGUCAAGGAUUCCGUUGUUAUGACGACCAGUGUAUUCCAUCAUUUGCUGUAUGUGAUGGCAUGAUUGAUUGCCAAGGUACAGUUGGUGAAGACGAAGACCAGGGCUGUGAAAUAUCACUGUGUAAUAAUAUCACUGAUCUUCGAUGUGCAAAUCAACACUGUACAGAUAGAAAGCAUUUAUGUAUCAAUGAUUACAACGAUAUAAAGUCACGUGACUAUCAGGUUGGAUGCCGGGAUGUCACCCAUCUUCGAUACUGUGAUGCCUUUUCGUGUCCGUUGAAUACACUGAAAUGUCCGAAUUCUUACUGUAUACCCCUGCGUUUACGAUGUAAUGGAGUUGCGGACUGUCCGCGUGGAGAAGACGAAUUAGAUUGCGACUCGUUCACGUGCCCUGGGGCUUAUAAAUGCUUCGAUGUGGACUAUUGUGUACCACUAUUACAGAGAUGUGAUGGAAUACAGCAAUGCAAAUAUGGGGACGAUGAACAGUUCUGUGAUAUUACCUGUCCAGAUGAAUGUGAAUGUCAAGGGUUUGUUGUGAUCUGUCACAUUAGCUAUGGCUCGACUAUACCACAUAAUAUUCCAGACAAUGUCAGAAAACUGGCUAUCGGCGAUAUGAUGUCUCGAAGAAAAAGUGGAGUAAAAACUGUUGCCAAUGUGACAUAUAUUACAUUAAGACACGGCGAUUUUAUGAACUAUCACUUUCUUGGUGAAUUGGAUAUGUCACAUACUGGUAUUGAGUAUAUACCAGCUGGGAUAUUCUCAAAUUUAAGUAAUUUGUAUCAUCUAGAUGUAAGCCAUAAUAAUAUCGAGAUUAUAUAUAGUUAUACAUUUACUGGGUUACAUCAACUAAAAUCACUGCGUUUGCGUGGAAAUCCGCUAAAGGUAAUUGAAGACGUUGCUUUUGUCGGACUUGACAAUCUACCAAUUCUUGAUCUAGGGAGUCUUCAGUUACAAACCUUAACAAACAACGUAUUUAUUGGACUCGAUGCUCUGAGGAUACUUAAUAUUUCCGAUAAUAAUAUUGUGGUUGGAGAAGAGUCGAAUUUCUUUUAUCUUCUCGACAAUAUGAACACACUAUACUCAGAUAAAUACUCGUUUUGUUGCCUUGCCAACCGGAAGCAGGCAAACACGCCACUUUUAGAAUGCACUCCACCCCCUGACGAGUUCUCGUCUUGUAGAGAUCUGAUGGCGAAUUCUGUGCUCCGUAGCUGUAUGUGGAUAUUGGGAUUUUCUGCGCUCAUUGGCAAUCUGUUUGUAAUAAUAUGGAGACUAAAGUCAAAAGAAGCGAACCAAGUUCACGCAUUUCUCAUCCUGAAUUUAGGAUUUGCCGAUUUCCUAAUGGGGGUGUAUAUGAUUAUUAUAGCGUCUGUUGAUAUGUAUUACCGUGGUAUCUACAUUGUGUAUGACGAAAUGUGGCGGCAUAGCGCCCUCUGUCAAACCGCCGGCUUUCUUUCUACGGUAUCCAGUGAAGUUUCUGUGUUCACGCUGACCGUCAUCACUGCGGAUCGCUUCUUUUCUCUGGUGUUUCCGCUGCGUAUUCGACGUCUGACUGCAAAACGAGCAAAGAUAAUCUGUACAAUAGGUUGGGUGAUUAUCAUAACCGCUGCUUUUAUACCAAUUACACCCAUCCCUUAUUUUAACGGUGAAUUCUACGCACGGGCAGGAGUAUGUCUCUCACUUCAACUUACUCACAAAAAGCCACCAGGAUGGCAAUACUCCGUGACAAUUUUUCAAAUCAUUAAUCUUGUGUCCUUUAUAUUCAUUUUCAUCGCUUAUAUAAUUAUAUUCAACGUCAUAAAACAAUCGACAAGAGCUGAGUUCAUAUUCCCAGUGAGGUGUUUGCAUGGACGGCUGUGUUCAUACUGCCAUUAA